AUGUCCGCAAUGCCGCCCUCUCCUCCCGGCAUCACCACCCGCCCUAUGCAGAUCCAGUCAGGUUCCAUUAGAAUUUCGAUCCCGGUAUCGACGCAGGCGGACGAGUGGACGGCCGCCGAAGUCCUUAGAGAUGACUUCAUGCACGUCCAGUCCACCGACGACGCCAUAGACACCACCGCGGCCCUGGAGAACGCGACCGAAGCGAGCGUCGAGCUCUUCGCGCGCUUUUUGGGCUUCGUCGCCGAAAAACUAGAUGAGGACGCGCAGUCGGACACCGCGCGCACCUCUAUCCUCCUCAAGUCCAUCAAGUACUUUACCUCCACCUAUCUUUCUACUCAAGAUGUUCACGUAAUCGUCGCCGCGUUCGACACCGAAGUGCGCAAGACCGUUCUUUCUGCGUACUUCAAGUCCAUCGCCGCUCUCGAGGCGAAAAAGGUCCAGGGGAUCCCUCGUGCUCCCACGAGCGCCUUGCUUUCAGCGGCUAAAGGUGGCGACGCGUCCAUCUUCGCGCUCUUCGGCGGCCAAGGCACCAACGAGGUCUACUUCGACGAGCUUCAAGCUCUCUACGACAUCUACAGGCCUUACGUUUCUGGCUUCAUCGACACGAUCACGCGCGAUGUCCUGCUUCCCCUCGUCGAGGAGGCUGAAGAGGACGCCCUCUAUACGCACGGACUUGACGUCGUGUCCUGGCUGAAUGGUUCUUCUCUCCGUCCACCUGUCACCUACCUUGCAUCUAUCCCCGUAUCAUUCCCUCUCAUCGGCCUCACUCAGCUCAUCCAGUAUCUGAUCGUUUGCCGGGUUACUCAACUCACGCCUGGUGAGUUACGCUCGCGCUUGCACGGCGCGACUGGCCACUCCCAGGGUCUCGUUUCCGCCAUCGCCAUCGCCGCCUCCACCACCUUCGAGUCCUUAGCCGCGAAUGCUGUCAAGUCGAUCCGGUGGCUCUUCUACUCUGGCCUCCGCGGGCAACAGGCGUUCCCCGUCCUCGCGCUGGAGCCGAGCAUCACCCAAGACUCCGUUGAAGGCGGCGAGGGCUCCCCAAGCCCCAUGCUCUCCAUUACAGGCCUUUCGCUCAAGGAUGUCGAAGGCCACAUCGCGAAGACCAACAAGCACCUCCCUGACAACUCCCAGCUCGGUGUGUCGCUCCACAACGGUCCUAAGGCGUUCGUUGUCACUGGUCCCCCACGCGCCCUGUACGGCCUCGUCGUCAACCUUCGUAAGGUGCGCGCCCCCAGCGGCCUCGACCAAAGCAAGACACCCUUCUCUCAGCGCAAGCCGGUCUUCUCCGUCCGCUUCCUCGUCGUCGGGGUCCCAUAUCACAGCAAGUAUCUCUCAAGUGUCGUUGACGAAGUCAUGGAUGAUUUGGAGGAGACUGAGUUGUGGAAGAAGGAAGACCUGGGGAUCCCUGUCUUCCACACCGAGAACGGUACCGACCUUCGCACCACCGAAGGCUCCCUGACUAGGGCUUUGUGCGACCAAAUCUUUACCUUGCCAAUCCAAUGGUCUGCCGCGACCAACUUCCCGGACACGGCUACGCACGCUGUCGACUUCGGCCCUGGUGGCAUUUCCGGCAUUGGUCCUCUGACUGCCCGUAACCUUGAGGGUCGUGGGGUACGGGUGAUCGUCGUCGGAGACAAGGCCAAGGGUCCCGCGGAGCUCUACGAUUCGCAAUCCAUCAAGACCGAGGAGUGGUGGUCGAAGAAGUUCUCGCCUGCUCUUGUCAAGACGAGCGAUGGAACUAUCCACCUCGACACCCCCUUCUCCCGUCUCCUCGGGAAGCCGCCGAUCAUGGUCGCCGGUAUGACUCCUACAACGGUGAAGGCAGGCUUCGUCGGUGCAGUGCUUGACGCAGGCUACCACAUUGAACUUGCUGGUGGUGGACACUACAAUGCCGCCGCUCUUCGCAGCAAGGUCGCCGAAAUCCAGAGCAAGAUCCCUGCGGGUGUCGGCAUUACUCUCAACGCGCUCUACAUCAACCCGCGCCAGUUCGGGUUCCAGUUCCCCCUUUGGCAGGAGAUGCGCCGCGAGGGCUUGCCUAUCGAGGGCUUCUGCGUCGCCGCGGGCAUCCCCAGCACUGAGAAGGCGGCGGAGAUCAUCGCUGCGCUGCGCGACUCGGGCAUCAAGCAUGUCUCCUUUAAGCCCGGCUCCGUCGACGGUAUCCGUCAGGUUGUCAACAUCGCCGCCGCGAACCCCGACUUCCCUAUCAUCAUGCAGUGGACUGGCGGCCGUGCCGGUGGCCAUCACUCUUGCGAGGACUUCCACCAGCCGAUCCUCUCCACCUACGGUUCCAUCCGCCAGUACUCCAACCUCAUCCUUGUGGGUGGCUCAGGCUUCGGCGGCGCCGACGACGUGUGGCCCUACCUCACCGGUGACUGGUCGGUCGAGAGGUUUGGGCUACAGCCCAUGCCUUUCGACGGCUUCCUCUUCGCCAGUCGCGUCAUGGUUGCUAAGGAGGCUCACACGAGCUCCUCUGUCAAGGACCUCAUCGUUGCCGCGACAGGUGUCGACGACGCUCAGUGGGAGGGCACCUAUGCGAAGGAGACUGGCGGUAUCCUCACUGUUCGCUCUGAGCUCGGGGAACCUAUUCACAAGAUCGCCACUCGCGCCGUCAAGCUCUGGAAGGAGUUCGAUGACACCGUUUUCAAGAUGCCCAAGGAGAAGCGCGCCGCCUGGCUCGCCGAGCGUCGCGCCGAGAUCAUCGCUAAGCUCAACAAGGACUUCGCGAAACCCUGGUUCGGCUGGAAGAAGGACGGGACCGUCGUCGAGGACAUCGCCGAUAUGACCUACGAGGAAGUCGUGCUCCGAAUGGUUCGCCUCAUGUACGUUCCGCACCAGGAGCGUUGGGUCGACCUCUCGCUCCGAAACCUCACUGGCGACUGGCUUCGUCGCAUCGAAGAGCGCUUCGCCGGCCUCCACGACAGCAAGAAGGCGUCCACACUUCAGUCUUACUCCUCCCUUGACAAGCCCUCGGGGUUCGUCGAGAAGUUCUUCGAGACCUAUCCUGAGGCUACGGAGCAGCUCCUCGCGUCUGAAGACAAGGCGUACUUCCUCGCGAUCUCUCAGCGCCCUGGCCAGAAGCCCGCUCCUUUCAUCCCCGUUCUGGAUGCUUCCUUUGAGGUCUGGUUCAAGAAGGACUCCCUUUGGGCAGCUGAGGAUAUCGAUGCCGUCUUCGACCAGGACCCGCAGCGUGUUUGUAUUCUUCAGGGGCCUGUCGCGGUCAAGCAUGCGACGGUCAAGGACGAGCCGGUCAAAGACCUCUUGGGCAACAUCAACUCGGCGCUCAUCGAGAAGCUCGUCGAUCGCCUGUACAGUGGCGACAAGUCCAAGAUCCCCACCGCUGAGUAUCUCAGCAACAAGCCCACCACCACGGCCCCCGCGAUUGCUCCUUCUGUGUCCGGUAACGUCGCGACCUUCAACGUCGGCACCGCCGUUCCUAGCACCGCGGCAUGGCUCGAUACCCUUGCGGGUCCCAAGCUGAGCUGGCUUCGCGCGCUGCUUACUUCGACCACGAUCGUUCAGGGCACCGCGUACCUCGACAACCCGAUGCGUCGCCUUUUCACUCCUCGCAGUGGUCAGAAGGUCGUUGUUGAGAGCGACGGCUCACGGCCCUCGAAGGUUUCCGUGUAUGGUGCCGCGCGCUCCUAUGGCCCGCACGAUCCUGCCUUCAAGGUCGUCGAGAUCACCUUCAACGCCUCUUCCUCAAUGAUCAACCUCGUCCUCUUCGAAGAGCGCCGCGACACGGCCGUUCCUCUCCGCUUCCAGUUCCUUUACAAACCGUCGAUGGGCUUCGCGCCAAUCCACGAAGUCGCCGAGGGCCGUAAUAAGCACAUCAAGCAAUUCUACUGGAAACUCUGGUUCGGCGACAGUGAGGCGCUUCCCGAGAUCGGACUUCGCGAGACCUUCACCGGCCCUGAGGUAGUCAUCGACGAGGACGAUGUGGAGACUUUCUGUGCUGUCGUCGGUAACCAAGGCGAGGCGUUCAAGACCGCCCGCAACGAGAAGCCUCUCGCACCUAUGGACUUCGCCAUCGUCACCGGUUGGCAGGCCAUCAUGAAGGCGAUCUUCCCAACGCCCGUCGACGGCGAUCUUCUCAAGCUCGUUCACCUCUCCAACGGGUUCCGUCUCCUGGAUGGUGCCAAAUCGCUCAAGGCUGGGGAUGUCUGCAAGGCCGAGGCUCGCAUCGUCGCGGUUAUCAACAGCGACGCAGGCAAGACCGUGCGGGUCAAGGGCUACGUCAUCCGCGAUGGUGAGAAGGUUAUCGAAGUCACCUCUUCGUUCCUUUACCGCGGCCGCUUCGACGACUUUGAGAACACCUUCGAGGUGGUGGAGGAGCCGGAGUACCUCGUCGAGCUCCCCACUGAGGCCUCUGUCGGAGUGCUCCAGUCCAAGGAGUGGUUCGAGUGGGACGAUGAGACGAAGCCUCUCCAGCCCGGCACUUCCCUGGUCUUCCGUGUUCGCUCUGAGGUCACCUACCGCAAUAAGACGUGCUACAAGAGCGUCAAUGUCUCCGGCGACGUUUGCGUCCGCGAUCAGAUGAAGCGCCUUGUCAAGGUCGGCUCCGUCGACUUCCUCCAAGACGACUCGCGCGGCAACCCCGUCGUCUCGUACCUCCAGCGUCACGGCUCUCCUCAAGGUCUCCUGUCGCCCCUGUCCACGGAGGGAUACUCGAUGACCAACGGCGUGAACACUACCUUCACUUCCCCCGCCACCAACGAGCCAUACUCGAAGAUAUCCGGCGAUUUCAACCCCAUCCACAUCAACCCUUACUUCGCCGACUAUGCGUCUCUCCCUGGCACUAUCACCCACGGCAUGUGGUCCAGUGCUGCGACCCGACGUCACGUCGAGAAUGUCGUCGCGCAAGGUGUUCCAGACCGUGUUGUCGCUUACGACGUCUCCUUCGUCGGCAUGGUCCUCCCUGGCGACGAGCUCAAGGUCAAGAUCAAGCACGUCGGAAUGCGCCACGGCAACCUCGUUGUCAACGUCGAGACUUCCAAUGCUCGCGGCGAGAAGGUCCUGGUUGGAUCGGCGGAGGUGGCGCAGCCUGCCACAGUCUACGUGUUCACUGGUCAAGGUUCUCAGGAGCCUGGUAUGGGUAUGGACCUCUACAAUAACUCCCCCGCUGCCCGUUCCGUAUGGGAGGCUGCCGACGCUCACUUGACCGCCGUCUACGGCUUCUCAAUCGUCGAGAUCGUCAAGGACAAUCCUAAGGAGAAGACUAUCCACUUCGGUGGUAUCAAGGGUCAAGUAAUCCGCCAACGCUACAUGGACAUGACGUACGACACCAUGGAUAAGGACGGUAACGUCAAGACCCUCCCGCUCUUCGGCGACAUCAACGUCCGCACGCAGCGCUACACCUUCAGCCACCCCAACGGUCUCCUGUUCGCCACCCAGUUCGCUCAAAUCGCGCUCGUCGUCACGGAGCGUGCGGCGUUCGAGGACAUGCGCUCCAAGGGCCUCGUUCAGAAGGACUCAGCGUUCGCAGGUCAUUCUCUGGGAGAGUACUCUGCUCUCGCGUCAAUCGCGGAUGUCCUCCCCAUCUCCUCGCUCGCGGACGUCGUCUUCUACCGUGGUAUCACUAUGCAGCGCGCCGUCGAGCGCGACGCGCAUAACCGCUCCAACUACGCCAUGUGCGCCGUCAACCCUAGCCGCGUUUCGAAGACGUUCAACGAUGCUGCGCUCCGCGAGGUUGUUGACAACAUCUCAAAUGCUACAGGGUGUCUCCUCGAGAUUGUCAACUUCAACGUCGAUGGUCAACAAUACGUCUGCGCUGGAGAACUCAUCGCCUUGCAGACCCUCACGAAUGUGCUCAACUACCUGAAGCUCGAGAAAAUUGACAUCGCCAAGUUGACGGAAAAGUUCACCGUGGACCAGGUCAAGGAGAUGCUCGGCGAGAUCGUCAAGUCCUGCUACACCAAGGCUCAAGAGCAGCAGCAGAAGGAGGGUUACAUCAUCCUCGAGCGUGGAUUCGCCACCAUUCCGCUCCCCGGUAUCGAUGUGCCCUUCCACUCUCGGUACCUCUGGGCCGGUGUCAUGCCCUUCCGCGCAUAUCUCUCCAAGAAGAUCAACGCUGCACACCUCGACCCCGACACCCUCGUCGGGAAGUACGUGCCGAACCUUGUCGCAAAACCGUUCCAGGUCUCGAAGGAGUAUGCCCAACUCAUCUACGAUCAGACCCUCUCGCCUCGCCUCGACAAGGUGCUUCGCAAGUGGGACCAGGACAACUGGGGCUCGCCCGAUCAGAGGCAGAAGCUCGCCUACAUCAUACUCGUCGAGCUCCUCGCGUACCAAUUCGCCUCCCCCGUCCGUUGGAUCGAGACCCAGGACCUACUGUUCUCUCAAUACGGCUUUGAACGGUUCGUCGAGAUUGGGCCUUCACCUACGCUCACGGGUAUGGCCACUCGUACCCUUAAGGCCAAAUACGAGGCUCAGGACGACUCCAUCACUCACCGGCGCGUCAUCUUUUGCCAUGCCAAGCACCCCAAGGAGGUCUACUACCAGUUCGAGGACGAGCCUGAGGCUCCCGCUGAGGAGUUUGCGGAGGCGUCCGUAGCCCCUGCCGCUGCUGCCGCUGUUCCCGCCGUCGUCGCUGCCGCACCUGUGUCCUCGGGUGUUGCUGCCGCUGCCGUGGAGGAUAUCCCGAUCAAAGCCAGCGAUAUCCUUGUCACGAUUGUCGCCCAGAAGCUCAAGAAGCGGGUCGACGAGAUCCCGAUGUCGAAGAGCAUCAAGGACCUCGUUGGCGGGAAAUCCACUAUGCAGAAUGAGAUCCUCGGCGAUCUGGGACAAGAAUUCUCCUCUGCUCCCGAGAAGGGCGAAGAACUUCCCCUCGAGGAGCUCGGAUCUGCUCUCGGGGUCGGCUUCUCUGGCUCCCUCGGCAAGUACACGUCUGGCCUCAUCUCUCGUCUUGUCGGAGGCAAGAUGCCUGGCGGUUUCAGCGCGUCGGCGAUCAAGGCCCAUCUCUCCAAGUCGUGGGGUCUCGGCCCCCAGCGUGCGGACGGCGUCCUCCUCCUCGCUGCCACCAUGGAACCCGCGAAGCGUCUUGGAUCGGAGGGCGAAGCAAAGGCUUGGUUGGAUGGCGUCGUCGCUGUCUACGCUCAACGCUCUGGCAUUUCCUUGUCCUCUGGUGCCGCUGCUGGUGGUGCUGGAGGAGGUGGAGGCGCGGUCAUCAACAGCGAGGAGUUCAUCAAGUUCCAGGCUGACCAGAACAAGUUCGCCUCACAGCAAGUCGAGUUGUGGAUGCGCUACCUCGGUCGCGACUCUCGUGCCGGCGACAUCAAGUUCGACAAGGAGAAGGCGAGUGCUGAGCAACUCCAAGCCCGCCUUGACGCCAUCGCCCGCGAACACGGCGAAACCUACGUCGACGGCAUCCAGCCCAUAUUCGACGUGCUCAAGGCCCGCCACUUCGACUCGUCAUGGAACUGGGUCCGUCAAGACGCCCUGCUUAUGUUCUACGACAUCAUCUUCGGACGGCUCACUACCGUUGACCGCGAGAUCACGGCGCGCUGCAUUGCCAUCAUGAACCGCGCCGACCCCGACCUCGUCGCCUAUAUGCAGUACUACAUUGACCAGUGCGACGCGUCUCGCGGCGAGACAUACCAGCUCGCCAAGCAAUUCGGGCAGCAGCUCAUCGACAACUGCAAGGAAGUCGUUGGUAGUCCCCCGCUCUACCGUGAUGUUACGUUCCCGACCGCACCCCACACGGAGGUCACAGCCCAGGGCGACAUAGUGUACAAGGAGGUCGUCCGCGAAAACGUCAGGAAGCUCGAGGCGUACGUCGAGGAGAUGGCGAGCGGUGAUACCAUCGUCCAGCCCACGAACAUCCAGAAGAUCCAAGAGGACGUCCUGAAACUGUGGAACGUCGUGAAGUCUCAGCCCGAGAUCAGCGAAGAGCAGAAGAAUCGCAUCAAGGCGCUCUACGAAGGCGUCGUACGCUCUCUUCGCAAGCGUCCCGAGUCGCGCACGCGCGCUAACACCGGGCCUCGGGCGCGCCGCUCCUCAUCCCAAUUCCUUCGUCCCCAAGUCUCUGGCGUCGCUUCCGUCACGGCCGACAAGGUACCCCUCCUCCAUCUCAAGCGCAAGGUUGGUACGAACUGGGAAUACAGCAGCAAUCUUACCGGCGUGUACCUCGAUCUGCUCAACGAGAUUGCGACGUCUGGUACGACCUUCAAGGACAAGAACGCGCUUCUCACCGGUGUCGGGAAGGGCUCCAUCGGUGUCGAGAUUGUCAAGGGUCUCCUCUCCGGUGGCGCGCACGUUGUCAUUACGACCUCUCGCUACAGUCGCGCGACCGUCGAGUACUACCAGGGCAUCUUCCAGCGCUUCGGCAGCAAGGGCUCCGCGUUGACGGUCGUACCCUUCAACCAGGGUUCAAAGCAAGACGUCGAAGCACUCGUCGACUACAUCUACUCGAAGUUGAGCCUCGACCUCGAUUACAUCCUCCCCUUCGCCGCCGUGCCCGAGAAUGGCCGUGAGAUCGACGGUCUCGACGACAAGUCCGAGCUCGCUCACCGCAUCAUGCUCGUCAACCUCCUCCGUCUUCUCGGUGCCGUGAAGAGCAAGAAGGCCAGCCGUCAUUUCGUUACUCGCCCUACGCAAGUCAUCCUCCCCCUGUCACCUAACCACGGUCUUUUCGGCAAUGACGGUCUGUAUUCGGAGUCGAAGAUUUCGCUCGAGACUCUCUUCAACCGUUGGAACAGCGAGAGCUGGGGCGAAUACUUGUGCUUGGCUGGUGCUGUCAUCGGAUGGACUCGUGGAACGGGUCUCAUGGGAGCGACGAACACGGUCGCCCAUGAGCUCGAAGGCCACGGCGUUCGCACCUUCUCUGCUAAGGAGAUGGCCUUCAACAUCCUCGGUCUCAUGCACCCACUUCUCUUCAGCAUCACACAAGUUGAGCCUAUCUGGGCGGACCUCAACGGAGGUAUGGAUCGUCUCCCCGACCUCGCCGAGAUCACUGGUCGCAUCCGGACUGAGCUCAACAAGAAGAGCGAGCUUCGCCGUGCGAUCGCCCGCGACAACGCUGCGGACUUCAAGGUCAUCAACGGCGACAAGGCGGAGCGCGUCCUCCAGACGAUCGAUGUUACGCCGCGUGCCAACUUCCAGUUCAACUUCCCUGCUCUGGAGUCUGCGGAGUCUCUGCUGCCCGUCUCGCAGCUGCGCGGAAUGCUCGAUCUCGAGAGGGUGAUCGUCGUCACUGGCUUCGCUGAAGUGGGUCCCUGGGGCAGCUCGCGCACGCGUUGGGAGAUGGAGGCGCGCGGCGAGUUCACGAUCGAGGGCUGUAUCGAGAUGGCGUGGAUGAUGGGCUUCAUCAAGCACUUCGACGGUCGCCUCAAAGACGGCUCACUUUAUGUCGGUUGGGUCGACUCAAAGACGAGUGAGCCUGUCGACGACAAAGACAUUCGCGGCCGUUAUCAGAAGGACAUUCUCGCUCACGCCGGCGUCCGCCUUAUCGAGCCCGAGCUCUUCCACGGCUAUGACCCCAAGAAGAAGGUGUUCAACCAGGAAGUCGAGCUUCUCCACGACCUCGAACCCUUCGAGGCGGCUCAACCCGAGGCCGAGAAGUUCAAGUACGAGCAUGGCGACAAGUGCGACAUCUGGCAGAGCGAGAGCGGCGAGUGGCUUGUGAAGUUCAAGAAGGGUGCUCGUGUCUUCAUCCCGAAGGCCUUCAAGUUCAGCCGCGUCGUUGCCGGUCAGAUCCCCACUGGCUGGGAUGCCGGCCGUUACGGUAUUCCCGCCGACAUCAUCGGGCAGACCGACCGCGCGACACUGUGGGCUCUUGUCUGCGCUGCCGAAGCGCUCAACAUGUCUGGCAUCACGGACCCUUAUGAGCUCUAUCAGCACAUGCACCCUUCAGAGGUCGGCUCGAGCAUCGGCAGUGGGAUGGGUGGAAUGGAAAGUCUGUCGCGCAUGUUCAAGGAUCGCCGCGACGAAAAGGAGGUCCAGAACGACGUUCUCCAGGAGACGUUCAUCAACACCACUGCCGGCUGGGUCAACCUUCUUCUGCUCUCCUCGAGCGGGCCAAUCAAGAUCCCCGUCGGCGCAUGUGCCACGGCUCUGCAGUCCAUUGAGAUUGCUUGCGACACCAUCCUUUCCGGCAAGGCCAAGGUUAUGCUUUCUGGGGGCUUCGACGACUUCAGCGAAGAGGGCUCGUACGAGUUUGCGAACAUGGGCGCGACCAGCAACGCUGAGACUGAGUUCGCUAUGGGUCGUGAGCCGACCGAGAUGUCGCGUCCCGCGACCACGACUCGCGCAGGGUUCAUGGAAGCUCAGGGCACGGGCGUUCACGUGCUAAUGUCCGCGAAGACCGCCAUCGAGCUUGGGUGCCCCAUCCGUGGUAUCGUUGCGUACACGUCGACGUCGACCGACAAGGCUGGUCGUUCGGUCCCUGCUCCUGGCCGCGGCGCGCUCUCGGUUGCUCGCGAGCUCCACACCAAGCAGCCUCUCCCGAUCCUUGACAUCUCGUAUCGUUCUCGUCAGCUCACCUUCCGCCGUAAGCAAAUCGCCCAGUGGCUCGACAACGAGCGCCAGCAGCUGCAAGAGGAGCUUGGAUACCGCAAGGCCAGUGACAGCGCUGUUGACGAGGACUACGUCGCCUCGCGCGUCGCCGACAUGGAGGCCGAAGCUGCUCGCCAGGAGAAGGACGCCAUUGCAACCUACGGCAUGUUGGAGGGCUCCGACCCUCGUGUGGCCCCUUUGCGCCGCGCGCUCGCCGUUUGGGGUCUCACUGCGGACGAUCUCGGCGUUCUGUCCAUUCACGGCACCAGUACCGGCGCAAACGAGAAGAACGAGACCUCGAUCUGGAACGACGUGUUCACCAACAUCGGUCGCUCGAAUGGCAACGCCCUCCCGAUCAUGGCUCAGAAGAGCUUGUGUGGGCACUCCAAGGGUGGUUCUGCCGCAUGGCAGUUCGCCGGCCUGCUUCAGAGUGUCGACUCCGGCAUCAUUCCUGGCAACCGGAACGCGGAUAACAUCGAUGCUCUGUUCAAGAAACACACGUACCUCAUCUUCCCAUCCAAGACCAUCCACACCGACGGCAUCCGUGCAGGUGUUAUGUCGUCAUUCGGAUUCGGUCAAGUCGGCGGUAUCUGCAUGGUCGUUCACGCUCGCUAUCUACUCGCCGCGCUUGAGCCCUCCGUGUACGAGACGUACAAGCUGAGGAACCGUAACCGCCAGCAUCUCUGCUACAAGGCCAUGAGCGAGAUGAUGACGUUCAACAACCUCGUCAAGGUCAAGGAUGCUCCGCCAUAUAAGAAGGAACUCGAGGCGCCGGUUCUCCUCAACCCUCUCGCUCGCGCGUCAUACAACCCGAAGACCGGCAGCUAUGAGUACACCCCGAAGUUGACCACGCAGCCGCCCGUCAACACGGCGAACUUCAAGGCUGUGUCCGAAGUUCUCUCCAGUGCUCCCACCGCUGGUGUUGGCGUCGAUCAGGAGCUCAUCUCUGCGGUCCCCUCGUGGAACCCGACGUUCAUCGAGCGCAACUUCACCGAGGCUGAGAUCACGUAUUGCCGCAGCCAGCCCUCUCCAUCGUCGUCGUUCGCUGCUCGCUGGGUUGGCAAGGAGGCCGUCUUCAAGUCUCUCGGCGUCGCCUCUAAGGGCGCUGCGGCCGCAAUGAAGGAGAUUGAAAUUCUGCCGGACGCGACCGGCGUUCCCACCGUCGCUCUACACGGCGAGGCCAAGGCUGCCGCCGACGCGAAGGGUGUCGCGAAGGUUCACAUCUCGCUCAGCCACUCUGACACUACCGCUAUCGCUUUCGCCCAGGCCACUUCAGCUUAG